GCCCCGCCUUAGUCCCACUUUGGCGCCUCUUAAUCUCAUCUGGCGGAGGGGCCUAAUAAGGCGGAAGGAAGGAGGGCUCGAGGUUCCUUUGGUCAGCGGUUGGAGCCGGGUUCUUCUCUCGUUGCUUUUGCAGAUUACCUGGGUGUGAAGGCCACAGUUGAAGGGAUGACUAGAUACAGCCUCAAGCCCCUGCUGCGUCCAGCCUUGGCCUUUGCAAUGGUGCUUCUUCUCACACUAACGGCUGUCACCGGUGUCCAGCACCACCGGAGUGAGAAGCAUGCAGAACCAGACUUUCUAGCCCAAAUGUCUCGUACUAUAAGGAAGACCAUGGAGGAUUUGAUUGGAAGAAACAACUUCCGGAUGCUCAGUGAGAAUCUAUCUUCCCUCCUCUGGAUAGUGUCCUCUGGGAUCUCUUCAGCUUUGUUUGUUGUGGCUCGAAUUGUAGGGCAAUUCUUAACUUCCUUUGGCAUGGCAGGGGACGAUUUUACUCAGUUCCUGAAACUGAGCCCUGACGCAGUUCAAACGCUGCUGCUCUGGGGCUUGGCUGCUCUCGUUGGCUACUGGGUGCUCUCACUGGUGUUGAGUCUAUUGCUUGCCCUCUUGAGCCGCAUCAUGUGGGGACUCAAGGUAGUGCUCUUUGGGGCCUGCUUUAUGUUUAUUGUCUCUUCUGUGCCUGACCACUCUGUGCAGUCACUGCUUCUGUUGGCUCUGCUCACACUGUUUGUCCUCCUGGGUUGGCUGAGUGGGUCCCACCAUUCAGGGGCACGGCUGGAAGCCAAAGUGCGCAGCUUGGAGCGCCAAGUGGAGGAGCUGCAGCGCAGGCACAGGCGGUCUGCCAGGCACCUGGAUGAGGAAUGAGCUCAAAGAGGAGUCUGUGAUGUCCAUGUAUCUUUCCUAAAAGGCAACCACUCUCUUCCUUUCCUCUUGUACUAUAUGACUGCUUUCUAGACUGUAGAUGCUCUCAGGUUGCUCUUCAUCCACAACUGUGCUGGAACAAGUAAGCCCUAAAGCAAACUUCUGUAAGGCAAAUGAAAAUGUUGGAGAUUGUUUAACUUCCCAAUUCAUGUUCUAGUACACUAUUCAAAAGACUUCAUCUUUGUCUCUUUUCUGUUGUUGUUUUUUCCAGUCACCCUUCUUCCAGAGGAGGAGUGGGCAAUUUCAGCAGGUCUGGUGUCUUGGUUCCACCCCAUUGAUUGUGUUUCCCAUCUUUGUACUAGAGUCUAGACCUACCAACUUCCCACUCUUAUUUCCCAGAGGGCUCAUGGUAGUCUACUUUUUUUUUAAGGAUGAUAGAACUGCUGAUGGAACUGUAGGUGCUGAAUUUGUUUUUAAAAACUGAGUACCUUUUUCUGUAGUGCUGCAUAUCGGGUGAUAGUAAAGCCAAGUGCCUCUCUGAAAGUAAAUAAGAUGGCUGUGCUUGUGGCAGCACAGCAAAUCGGGAUUACAUGUGUCCCGCCUUCCUACAAGCCAAAGAUGCCCAUUAAAAUAAAGACCUCAGCAUUUCCCACAAAUGCAUACUGUAUAAACAGUUUGGGAAGAGGAGUAUCUAAAUAGUGCCUUAACAGAUAGUGUUCACAUGCCUGUACUGAAAUAAAAUAAAAUAAUAAAAUAAAUUAGGUGGUUGACAAAGUGAAUGUACCACAUCUCUUCCCUCCAGAUGGGAUUUGUGCCAUUAGCAAAUGUAACAAAACCUCCAGACUAGAUCAUCUUUUGUUCCUGUUUGGGGAAGGAGGCAUAACAUACUCUGUGGUGUGAACUUCAUGUCUGUUGCCAAAUAUAUAUUUUUUAAGCUGCCAGUUUUAAACAAAUGGAGUAUUUUUGUUAUAUCCUUCCAAAUAAAGGCUGUUUAAUCAAUUC